AUGUAUAAUCCUUACCAACCUCCCGGCAUGUAUGGCCGCGCCCCCGACUAUGGUGCUUAUCCCGGAGCACCCCCAGGUAUGGCACCUCCACCAGGAAUGGCCGCUCCUGGCACUGCUCCUCCGGGGCUACAGCAAGCCAACAUGCAACAGCCUGGUCGACCGGCCGGAUUCCCCGCGAACUUCCAACCGCCACCGAACAUGCCGAACAUCAAUUUCUCAGCUCCUGUGAUUCGACUCGGUACCUCGGGACCUUCGAAAUCUGCUACUCCGGAUAUCAGUAAAGAGCGCGGUGGGGAUGCGGGUCGGCGCGCGGGUUUGGGUGCUUCAAACUUGGAGUCUCAGCGCCAGAACGUGCGGGAUGCGAUGAUGCAGCUACAGCCUCCUACCAGGGACGAGAUUGUGAGGACCAUAUUUGUUGGAGGGAUUACGGAGGGUCUGGGUGGUGACGAGGGCGUUGAAAGAAUCCUGCGGUCAGCGGGUAAUCUAAGACGCUGGAUCCGCGCCACGGAUGCCGAUGAAAAACCGUGCAAGUUCGGUUUCGCAGAGUACGAGGACCCUGAGAGUCUAGGUACAGCUGUGGAAGUGCUAAAGGACGUGCAAGUUCCUGUGAAGAGACAGACGCCGUCCGACUCAGAGGAUAAAGAAGAACAGGAAGUGGAGAAGAGCACGCUUUUGGUUGUCGUUGACGAGAGCUCGCUCACGUACCUCGAACAAUACGAAGCGUCCAGAGGCGAUCAGGAUCCGGCCGAGCGCCAGGCCAAGUUGGAUGCUGCAAAGCAGGCGCUUAAGGGCGUGCUUCAAGAUCUUUUCCACCCUACAUCGCCUACUCAGAGAGAGGACGCCUCCGCCAUUGAUCGGGAAGGAGAUAUUACGAUGAAGGAUGCCGAAGGCCAGGAUGGUACGUCCGCCGAAGUUGUUACCAUCCCAAUAACAGUCGAGGAUGAGCUGUCCGAUAUCCCUCCCGAGAUGCGGGAAACUGUUGCCAAAGAGAUUGCCGCAUUCCGCGAUCGGAGUAACCGCCGGGAUAUUGAACGUUUGAAGAGAGAGGAAGAGAUCGAGUCUAUGGAACGAGCUCGAAACUCUGGUGCUCGAGUCAGUCGCCUAGCUUCGCCUCCUGCUUCAGCGCCAAGUGGACCUGCUGCUGGAGCAAAUGGCGUUCCCUUGGGCGGCCGAGAUCGUGGAAUGCCCAAUGCACCAUCUGGACCGAAAGGGUUUGGUGUACAAAUCCCGAAGGACUACCAGAAGGGCGUUUCAUUUGUCAAUGGCGGUUCGGUCAAUGGUGCUACUACGGUGUAUAUCGACCGCGAAGAUGAGGAUUCCGACGCCGACGAUGAGGAGCUCGAGCGACGACGACAAGCCAAGCGUGAAGCGGAGCUCGAAAAGCAAUUCCUUGACCAAGAGCGACGCUGGCUCAACCGCGAGCGGAGCCGAACAGCAGCCUUGGAGCGUGAGAAGAAACGAGACCAGGAGGAAGAGGAUAAGGUCCAAGAAGUACGCGAUGAAGAGGACAAGCGAUUGAGUGAGUGGAACGAUGAUAUCGAGGCUAGCCGGAAAAACAGCGAAUACUAUGCCGACCGGGGUGCUUGGCUGCGCAGCCGUGCGGCAUUCCGAGCGCGCGAGGUUAGCAUGGACGAGGCAGACCGUGCAGCCGAAGAGCGGGAACGGGCACGAUCCGUUCAACAGCGGGAGCAAGCUCGGGGUAUGGCGGACGACUUCCUUGCCCGCCAGGCAGAGGAGCUGGAAACCAGGAUGGAGGCCCCACGCGAACCCCAACGCUUCAAGCUUUCACUUGGAGCCGCUGCCCAGAAGGCCCAGGCCGCCACCAGCCGUCGCACCGUUGCCGAAGUCGAAGGAUUAUUGGAGGACGAGGAAGAGCCUCAAGCUACGGCGAGGCGACCACUCAUCCCGAUCAAGUUCGACAGCGCUGCCGAAGCUGCCGGACUUACCGAGGAAGAGCGAGCACAGGCUGCCCGACAACUUGCGGCAGAAAUUCCUACAGACAAGGAGGGACUAUGGAAGUGGCAAGUCAAGUGGGAGUUUGUGGACGAGUCUGUGGUCAGCGAUCAGCUCAAACCGUUUGUGGAGAAGAAGAUCGUGGAGUACCUUGGUGUUCAAGAACAGAUGCUAGUGGACGUGGUGGAAGAGCACAUUCGCAAGCGUGGAACUCCCCAGGAGCUUGUGGAGCAGCUGGAAGAGGCCCUCGACGAAGAAGCCGAAGUCCUUGUGCGGAAGCUGUGGCGGAUGAUCAUCUUCUUCUCCGAAAGCGAGAAGAGAGGCCUCUCGGGAUAG